UGUUCCAAGAUGUUUCCUUACAGUCGUAAAGAUAAAUUUUCAAUAUAUUCGAGACGACAUUGCAAUCCCUGCUUCCAGGAACGAUUUUAGCUAUUCAAAUAAACGUUGCAUUUUAGAGACGCCCGUUAGUUGGGAUGGAAAGGUGUGUUUGGUAUCCUCAUUGUGGAGCGAUGACUCGUUAUAGCGAGGAGCGGAGCAUAGGCUGUUGCAAUUUUAAUUUCCUGUUUUAGCGUCAAAUAGUGUGUGUUCUAUAUUGAGCUGUUGCCGCCGCUGCUGAUGUGGCUUUAUGAAAGUUACAAAUUAUAAUACUGUGGUAGAAACAAAUUCAGAUUCAGACGAUGAAGACAAACUCCACAUUGUGGAAGAAGAAAGUGUUACAGAUGCAGCUGAUUGUGAAGGUGGUGUGCCAGAAGAUGACCUGCCAACAGACCAGACAGUAUUACCAGGGAACAGCGACAGAGAAGGGAAUUCUAAGAACUGCUGGGAGGAUGAUGGAAAGGAAGGGCAAGAAAUCCUGGGGCCUGAAGCUCAGGCAGAUGAAGCAGGAUGUGCAGUGAAAGAUGAUGAAUGUGACUCAGAAGCAGAAAAUGAGCAAAACCACGACCCUAAUGUUGAAGAGUUUCUGCAACAACAGGACACUGCUGUCAUCUACCCUGAGGCACCUGAAGAGGACCAGAGGCAGGGCACACCAGAGGCCAGUGCUCAGGAUGAAAAUGGAACACCAGAUGCAUUUUCCCAAUUGCUGACCUGCCCAUAUUGUGAUAGAGGCUAUAAACGCUUUACCUCUCUGAAAGAACACAUUAAAUAUCGCCAUGAAAAGAACGAAGAUAACUUCAGCUGCUCCCUGUGCAGUUACACCUUUGCAUACAGAACCCAGCUUGAACGUCACAUGACAUCACAUAAAUCAGGAAGAGAUCAAAGACAUGUGACGCAGGCUGGGGGUAAUCGUAAGUUCAAAUGCACUGAAUGUGGAAAAGCUUUCAAAUACAAACACCACCUAAAAGAGCACUUAAGAAUUCACAGUGGAGAGAAGCCAUAUGAAUGCCCAAACUGCAAGAAACGUUUUUCCCAUUCUGGUUCCUAUAGCUCACACAUAAGCAGUAAGAAAUGUAUCAGCUUGAUGCCUGUGAAUGGGCGACCAAGAACAGGACUCAAGACAUCUCAGUGUUCCUCACCAUCUCUUUCAGCAUCACCAGGCAGUCCCACACGACCACAGAUACGACAAAAGAUAGAGAAUAAACCUCUUCAAGAACAACUUUCUGUAAACCAAAUUAAAACUGAACCUGUGGAUUAUGAAUUCAAACCCAUAGUGGUUGCUUCAGGAAUCAACUGUUCAACCCCUUUACAAAAUGGGGUAUUUAGUGGUGGUGGCCCUUUACAGGCAACCAGUUCUCCUCAGGGUGUGGUGCAAGCUGUUGUUCUGCCAACAGUUGGUUUGGUGUCUCCUAUAAGUAUCAAUUUAAGUGAUAUUCAGAAUGUACUUAAAGUGGCAGUAGAUGGUAAUGUAAUAAGGCAAGUUUUGGAGAAUAAUCAAGCCAAUCUUGCAUCCAAAGAACAAGAAACAAUCAAUGCUUCAUCCAUACAGCCAGGUGGCCAUUCUGUGAUUUCAGCCAUCAGUCUUCCUUUGGUUGAUCAAGAUGGGACAACCAAAAUUAUCAUCAACUACAGUCUUGAGCAACCUAGCCAACUGCAAGUUGUUCCUCAGAAUUUAAAAAAAGAGAAUCCAGUCCCCACAAACAGUUGCAAAAUUGAAAAGUUACCAGAAGAUCUUACCGUUAAAUCUGAGAAGGACAAAAGCUUCGAUGGGGGAGUGAACGAUAGCACUUGCCUUCUGUGUGAUGACUGUCCAGGAGAUCUUAAUGCACUUCCAGAAUUAAAGCACUAUGACCUAAAGCAGCCUGCUCAGCCUCCUCCACUCCCUACACCGGAAGCUGAAAAACCUGAGUCCGCUGUUUCAUCAGGUAGUGGAGAUGGCAGUUUGUCUCCCAGUCAGCCACCUUUAAAGAACCUCUUGUCUCUUCUUAAAGCAUAUUAUGCUUUGAAUGCACAACCAAGUGCAGAGGAGCUCUCAAAAAUUGCUGAUUCAGUAAACCUACCACUGGAUGUAGUAAAAAAGUGGUUCGAAAAGAUGCAAGCUGGACAAAUUUCAGUGCAGUCUUCUGAACCAUCUUCCCCCGAACCAAGCAAAGUAAAUAUUCCUGCAAAGAAUGAUGAUCAGCCACCACCUACAAAUGCAAGUGAACCCCAGGAUAGCACAAAAAGCCAACAAAGUCCUCCGAAGAUGACUAACUCCCCAGUUUUACCAGUAGGAUCAACCGUCAACGGUUCCAGGAGUUGUACACCAUCCCCCUCACCUCUCAACCUCUCCUCGUCCAGAAAUACACAGGGUUACUUAUAUACAGCAGAGGGUGCACAAGAAGAGCCACAAGUAGAACCUCUUGAUCUUUCACUACCAAAGCAACAGGGAGAAUUAUUGGAAAGGUCAACUAUCACUAGUGUUUACCAGAACAGUGUUUAUUCUGUCCAGGAAGAACCCUUGAACUUGUCUUGCGCAAAAAAGGAGCCACAAAAGGACAGUUGUGUUACAGACUCAGAACCAGUUGUAAAUGUACUCCCACCAAGUGCCAACCCCAUAAAUAUUGCUAUACCUACAGUCACUGCCCAGUUACCUACCAUUGUGGCCAUUGCUGACCAGAACAGUGUUCCGUGCUUACGAGCGCUAGCUGCCAAUAAGCAAACUAUUCUGAUUCCCCAGGUGGCUUACACAUACUCGACUACAGUCAGUCCUGCAGUCCAAGACCCUCCCUUGAAAGUGAUCCAGCCAAAUGGAAAUCAGGAUGAAAGGCAAGACACUAGCUCAGAAGGAGUAUCUAAUGUGGAGGAUCAGAAUGACUCUGAUUCUACACCACCCAAAAAGAAAAUGCGCAAGACAGAAAAUGGAAUGUAUGCUUGUGAUUUGUGUGAUAAGAUAUUCCAAAAGAGUAGCUCAUUAUUGAGGCAUAAAUAUGAACACACAGGUAAAAGACCGCACGAGUGUGGAAUCUGUAAGAAGGCAUUUAAACACAAACACCAUUUGAUUGAGCACAUGCGACUACAUUCUGGAGAAAAGCCCUAUCAAUGUGACAAAUGUGGAAAGCGCUUCUCACACUCUGGGUCUUAUUCUCAACACAUGAACCAUCGCUACUCCUACUGCAAGAGAGAAGCAGAGGAACGCGACAGCACAGAGCAGGAGGAGGCAGGGCCGGAAGUCCUCACAAAUGAGCGUGCUGGUGCCAGGGCAUCUCCCUCCCAGGUAGACUCAGACGAGAGAGAGAGUUUGACGAGGGAAGAGGAUGAAGAUAGUGAAAAAGAAGAAGAGGAAGAAGAAGAUAAAGAGAUGGAAGAAUUGCAGGAAGAAAAAGAAUGUGAAAAGCCACAAAGGGAUGAGGAAGAGGAGGAGGAGGAGGAAGAAGAAGUAGAAGACGAAGAAGUGGAAGAAGCAGAGAAUGAGAGUGAAGAAGCAAAAACUGAAGGUCUGAUGAAGGAUGAUGGAGCUGUGAGUCAAGCAAGCAGCUUAGAACAAAAAGUAAGCGAGAAUAGUGAGCAAGUGUCUGAAGAAAAAACAAAUGAAGCCUAAUAGUUUUUCUAGAAGAAAAAUAAAUUCUAAUUGGUAUGAAGUUUGUUCUAUAUUAUCCAUGCUUUUCAUGGAAACACAGUAACCUAUAUACUGUGAUUCCUGUUCACUACUGUGUAAAGUAAAAACUUAAAAAAAAAAAUACAAAAUACAAAAAAGAAAAAAAAAAAAAAAAAAACCACAAAAAAAA